ACCACUCUCUAGCUCUCUCUCUCUCAGAUAGGCAGCGGAGACGUGGGCAGAGUGUGGGGGUAUAGGAAGAGGAGAGCGGGAGGGUAAGGUAGUAGUGUGUGUGAGGUUGUCAGACAGCAUGGUCUGGGUCUGAGGACAAGCACUGGAAGACGCAGCAAAAGCCUCUAGAUCUCCAUGUAGACCAGUGUGGUGACAUCCACAGAUCACCUGGACUUGUCCACCCAUCAGCACUUACCCAGGACAACAACACCCACCUCUUCCAGAGAGGCAAAGAGGAAGAAGAAGAAGAAGAGGAGGAGGAGGACGAGGGGGGUGGGUCUGUUUAUCUUCCUUUAUUUAUUUUUUUCUUUUCUCAGUUUUUCUUUCUUUUUUUUCUUUUUUUCUUUUGUUGGUUUUGUGAGUAGGCUCCGGGCUGGACCGCAUGCAUGACACAACGCAAAGGCGAGAAACCCACCAUCAGCAUCCAGGAGCACAUGGCCAUUGACGUGUGCCCUGGCCCCAUCCAACCCAUCAAGCAAAUCUCUGACUACUUUCCCCGUUACCCACGGGGCCUCCCCCCUGCUGCGCCCCACCAAGUGGGCCCUGUCGGGGCCCUGUGCUCUGCCCUCUCCACCUCUUCGGCCGCCGCCUCUGCCACCGCCGCUGCCGAAAGUGACCGCCCCAAUGAGGAUAAACCAGACCGGGCUUGUGCCGGAGCCUCCGCCUCCUUACAGGCCACCAAAAGAGACGAGGAGCCUGACGUGGAGGGAUACGACUCAGAUGACUCCACUACGUUGGGGACCUUGGAGUUCAGUUUGUUGUAUGACCAGGAGAACAAUGCACUGCACUGCACCAUUAACAAAGCCAAGGGACUCAAACCGAUGGACCACAAUGGGCUUUCCGACCCCUAUGUCAAGUUGCACCUACUACCAGGAGCCAGCAAGGCCAAUAAACUUAGAACCAAGACCCUGCACAACACACUCAACCCUGUGUGGAGCGAGACCCUGACCUACUAUGGCAUCACCGACGAGGAUAUGGUCCGCAAAACACUCAGGAUUUCGGUGUGUGAUGAGGACAAAUUUCGCCACAACGAGUUCAUCGGGGAAACGCGAAUCCCCCUCAAAAAGCUGAAGCCCAACCAAAUCAAAAACUUCAACAACUGCCUGGAGAAACAGUUACCUGUCAACAAGACAGAAGACAAGUCCCUGGAGGAGCGAGGACGCAUCAUGAUUUCUCUUAAAUACAACACCCAGAAGUCUUGCCUGGUAGUGGGCAUUAUACGCUGUGCUCACCUCGCCGCCAUGGAUGCCAAUGGUUUCUCCGACCCCUACGUUAAAACGUAUCUGAAGCCUGACGAGAACAAAAAGUCAAAGCACAAGACUGCUGUGAAAAAGAAGACGCUCAAUCCUGAGUUCAACGAGGAGUUCUGUUACGACAUAAAAUAUGCAGACCUCACCAAAAAGACCUUGGAGGUGACCGUGUGGGACUACGACAUCGGAAAGUCCAACGAUUUCAUAGGUGGUGUAUCUCUGGGUAUCAAUGCAAACGGAGAGAGGCUCAAACACUGGUUUGACUGCCUCAAAAACAAGGACAAGAAAAUUGAACGCUGGCACACGUUGACCAAUGAAUUACCUGGUUCAUUAAAUGACUGAAGACCAUCCUGUUGUCUAACCUGUUGGCUCUCUCCCCGUCUCCCAGAUAGGACUCCUCCCUUUAUUUUCCUAACCCCUCCUCUUCUUCUCCGGAUGUUGGCCACAGCGACUUGUGACACCUCUUUGGGAAUAUAUUUCCUCUUAACAGGGCUCAUUUAAAAAUAUCUAAAACCUUAUGUUUGUGUUUCACAACUCUUUCACAUAUACAAUAGGGGUUGCACGACUGCUCAUUUUUGUUUUCUUAUGAGAGAAAUUCAAUUCACAAAAUGAAUCACAGGGAUUGGUAGCAUUCAUAAUUCUGAUUUCUUGUAUGAUUAGUAAAGCAAACAAUUAAAUGCUUUCCAUUAAGAUCAGCAGCUAGAUUCACUAGUCCCUCAAAACAGCACAAACUAAACCUUCAUACUAUCAUCUUGGUGGUAAUAUGCGGAGAAUCUAACAACGGAUGUAGCAAAAUUUCAUACUGCUGGAGUUUGCAAAGAUGUUUAAUGGAAUAGUUCUCAUCUCAAGUAAAUCACCCAUAUUCUGUCGGCUUGACUCUAACAUUUAGUGUUGUAGAAGAGCAUCUGAGUAAACAAAUCAGCCACAGAUUUUUAUUUUGUUCAAUAAACGAAGAUGUUGCACUUUAAUAUGAUUGUAAAAGUGUUGGGUAGCAUAGAUUCUGUUGUUGUUCAGCCACUGUGUACAGUAUGUGGCUUCCACAACUGCAAGUAGGUUUAGAUAUAAGCAGCAUUUAUUCUUUUGUCUGAGUCAUUUGGCCAUGUGAGAACAAUGUCAUAGGAACACAGAACUUGCUUUUAAGGCCUCAGUAUGCUUCAAAUGAGCUGAAUUGUUUGACCAAGACUGUUGUCAAAGACCUCUAGUGGCCACAGAAAUGACGACUCUUGUCCAUCAAGGGCAAAGAAUGUAAUAAUGACAUUACAGAGGCACGACGUCAACAGAGGGAGACAGUCAGGGUGGUAGGCUGGGUCAGCCAAAGAUUGGAAUUUGAUAUGGGAAACUGCUUCACUUCUCAUUUCCUACUAACACCUAUUCCUUUUAACCAUGCCCAUUCCCUAACUGUUUGUGCCUAAACCGAACCAAACCUUAACCACAAAGAUGUGACAUCAGGGAAUGUUUUUUCAAGGCAAUGACGAACAAUGUCAUCCUCUCAGUUUAAGGUAUCAAAGAAAAUGCCACUAUGUUUCAUUCUGGAGAGCAGUUAUAAAUAAUGUAUUUUGUGGUUUAAUCUGGACGUAUAAACUUCACUAAAAGCAAAAGUGUUAAUACAUUUUCUGAUGUCCACACUUGAGUAGCUAAAAGCCUGCCGUCAUAGCCUCCUCCUUCUGCAUCCCACUACCUCCACGGUCCAUCUACUGCGUUUGUUGUUUUUGGUCUUUGUAGUCAACGUAAUGAGUCAUUCAAUAAUAGCACAUACUUUCAAACUGUCUCUCCUUGAAGGCAUGUGGGGUGUUGUACAUAGUAUUACAAAUUAACAGUGGGGAAAAAAAGUAUGUGCAAGAGAAAUGAAAGAAAAAACUUGAGAGAGAAGUUCAAAUGCUGCCUUGAGCUGUCAGACAAAACAACCCUGCGUUAAAAAAAUAAAAAUAAAAAUCAGUGGGCUGCAUUUGUGAACUUUCGAAAGUAGUCUACCAGGAAUGUGAGCUUGCUCUUAUUUUAUUGGCUAGGACGCUGCAGAAACAGGGUUUUUUUGUUGUUGUUUUUUUUGACAGCUCAACCAAAUUGAAGCUAAAACAUUUUGAUUGCCCCCUGGAGGCUCGCUGGAGUAUUAGAUUAGAUUAGAUUCAACUUUAUUGUCAUUGAACAAAGUAACAAGUACUUAGACAACGAAAUGCAGUAGCGGGUCAUAAACCACAACACAUGGUUUCUGUCAUUUUGGGUACUUGUUAUCAUGCUGAUAUGUUUGGUUUUAAUUGGUUAUUUGAUGCUAUAAAAAGGGGGUUUCACGUCAUGAUUUACAGCUGAGCCCUGCUCAUGAUUAGGUUGGUGGGUAUAUGGGUGGGACCUCGAUCACUACUGUGUAGACUCUGGCUUCAAAUGAUGUCUAACCAGCGCAAAAUGGCAAAAUUGUUGAAACUGUUUCUCUGCCUUUGGCCAUUCAUCUUUACAUGCAGUGAGCAUUGUUGACGCCCUUUCCACCAUCAAAAAAGAAGGGUCUCAGACACUGUUACAUCACAAGACAAGCACCAUGUUUGAAGUAUACUGAGGCCUUCAGCCCUCUUACCAUAACCAUACCAACAACAACCCAAAAUCUAAAGCUUAAUAGGUAUAAGGAGACAGAUUUUGGCAGUUGAUAGCCAUAUGUUCUGCUGAAAGGGCUCACCUGUGAGUUGAUGCGAUGACAAGUUAACCAAAUUUCUGCCUGGAAGCAAACUGUUAGAAAGAAAAUACAAAAAAAUCAACAUUGCCUAAAGGCCUCUACAAGGCUACUUACAACACUGCUUUCCUGUGUGUCUCUGUAUAGACUAAUCAAUAUGAGACUGCCAGGUGUAAUAGCACCACCUGCUUGGUUUACUCACUGAUUUUUCAGUGCAACCCCUAACCUAUAGAGCUGCCCAGUUUUGUGGUAAUCCUGAUGUCAAGGCCCUACAAGUGUUUAAUCCAUUCAGUUAUCCUACCCAGACUUCAAAGUAGCUAGUUUCUUAUUUAUGCAUUUAGAAAUUCAAGUAAAAGAUGGAGAUGAAACAUGGGUACACACUGUUUUGAAUCAGCUGGCUGAAUGUCUGUGGUCAGAAGUAAUUUUAUUUAUAAUGAAUGCUUUAAAGAAUAGGGCUUCAGGCUUCAAGGGCGAGAUUACAUUUAUUUCAAAUGGCCCCAGAGAGUGAGUCAAAUUGGAAUAGACGGUCAGUCGAACAAGUGCAGUUGAGAGCACAGUCAUGUAAUAUCUGCUUUGAGUCCGUCUCAUAUACACCUGAUGAUCUGUGCUGAUGAUUCGGCACAGAGGUGGAAACAUCACACAGCCUUACUUCACUGUGUGGAAGGUAGAGAGCCUGCUUGAUAGAGAGCAGCUGUAAUCAACAGCUGAAAUGAAAUCCAGUGGGUGACCCGCCUGGUGAAAAUCACUUGUCCAGCCACAAUACCACAUGAUUGGGCAGCUCUGUGGUUGUGUGUGCAGCUUAUUGUUUACACUACAGAAAAUGAGUUUCAAGAAUUACAAAAAAACAAACAAACAAACAAAACAAAAAAACUUGUUGACAGCAUUUUCAACAGUAACAUGGCUGAAAAUGCACCUGCUGUUUGUCAAAAGGGCCGAAUUUUAAAAACAUAAAGUUUACGUCAAAUAUAAAAAAAAUAAUAAUUAAUACAAUAAUAUUAUAAUAAUAACAACAAAAGCAUGUAUUGUUUACAACAGCCUGUUGUUGCUGAAGUUCAAGUUUGCUGCUGAAAGGGCCUUUGCUAAAGUCAGUGCGAUUGUUCAGUCGUCCAAUUCAAGCUUUGCUAAGACGGGCUGGGGUGAGAAGGGCAGAAUUUUUAAUAUAAUAGCUGUGUAUGUAUAUUGUUACUAUGUUGUUGCAUAUGUUGAGGUUUUAUUUUAAUUUUUUAAUGUAAGCAGCUCCACUAUAAAUGUAUCAAAACGAAUGUACAUGUUUAACCCCUUCUAUUCCACAGUAAAUCCUCUAAGAAUGUGCAGCUUAGUGCUCUGUGUUGUUGAUAUUGUUCAUAUGUCGAAUUAAAGCUCUGUAUUUGGGCACACAUAUGUGGGAAUAGAGAUGGUUGAACUCACAGCCCAGGAGCAAACUACCAGGGGCUUUGUCACUCAAUUUAUAUAAUACCUUAAACCUUUCUUUGACUCCUUCUAACCUGUUUAAUUAUUUAUGUUUUUCUUUUUCUUUUUUUUUUUAUUCAAUAUUUUAUGUUAAAGUCUGAUACCCCGGGUCCCUGUGCAUUCCUAGAAACUUACCAGGACUAAAAACUCCCAACUUGAGUUGCCCUCAUGGAUCAGUAGGCUGGGAUGCAUGCCAUGUAUUUGUGAUUUUAUGAGUUUGAUUCCGCAGUAUGACCUUUUCUGCAUGUCCCCACACCAACCUUUCUUGUAAAUUUCCACCGUGCACUGACUGGCAAUGCAGAAACGGCACACAAAUAAUCCUCGUGUAAUGUUCAAGAUUCCUGUCAGGCUUGCAAUUCAGCUAACAGCUUUUUGUCAUUACUUCACGUCACUGUCAGGCACGUUUGUUCUGAGGAAGCAUGUCGACUCUAUCAGUGUCACUGACUGUUUUUAUAAUCACAUCAUUUCAACUCACUCUUUUUAUAUUAUUUACCCUUCUUGCCCAAUAGUUGAAAAAUAGCUGUACUGUUGAUGUAGAACUAUCAUAUUCAGGAAAAUUUGAUUUCGACACCUUCAAAGCUUGGGAAUGAAAUGUUUAAUGCAUUACAACAGCCCUCACAUUUCCGCUUUCUUUAAGUGUUAAGAGCCUCUUCAGCCACAUUGAUUUGUGAGGCACAAACUGGCUGUGAAACCUUGUUGGCAUCUCAAUAUAUUCCUUGACACAACAGUGAUCCCCCUCUCUCCCUCUCUCUCUGAUGAAUAUGUAAUGAAUACAACCGACAUGUGAUUUUGAUUUUGUAACCUGUCUGCCUUUGUAUGCAAGCUCAAUAUUAUGAAAAAAAAAACCAACAAAACUGCAUGCAUUUGUUCUUGGUUUUGUCAUGAGAAGACUUUGCCUAAUGUUUGAUACUGUUUUCGGUAUAAAAAAAACAAAAUACACGACUGUGGAUGCUCUAAGAAUAUCUAAGAAUAUGCUAUAAGUCAGUCUUUCUUCUGGACAACAUUUUGUACCUUUGAACACUAUCGCAUUGCCUGUUUGGCUGCUGUAUUGACUAUCUGGAAGCGUGACUUGAUGUGAAUUAAAACCUCUCCUUUGUU